GCGGCAACCUGGGGGUGAGGUCCUUCGACAACACCAUUAGUUGCAGCGAAUAGUGACUACAUAGUAUGAUCGCGUAUUUUUCUCAACCUCAAACAAGCUUCGAUGGGCCAAUAAAGGGCCACUGACGGGUAUAGGAAUAUCAAAGGCGAUAAUCGUUCUUUUGACUUCCUUGCAUUUCCCGGAGUUCCGAAGAGGCGCCCAGUCAAUACAGCAGCAAAUAGUAUUGCCUCGAGGCUUGCGGCCAAGGGUGUGACCUGUUAUCUAAACGCUGAAGCGGGGACACCCUUCACUUCCUCCAACUACAUAUCCCACUCUACUUCGCUCAAGACUGAUCCUCCAUCAACUAUUUCAAAUGAUGAGUGAACACAAUCAAUCAAGGAACUCAGGGCAAGACCCUCCUCUUGGCAACCGCGCGUCCAGUGAAGCAACCACUGGCGAAAGUUCGGACAAACGCCUUGGCAAAAUUCGUCGGUUUCUAGGGAAGGUUAAGAAUGUAACUAAAAAUAUUUCUCACUCGAAGGGUUCCCACUACAUUCUUACGAACCUUGAUCGUGAAGAUGCCUCAUCGAUUCCGAAUAUCAAGGUUCAGGAUGCCUCUUCAGGCGUCGAACGAUGUGCUGAUCCCCAAUCGGCACUUCGAGAUGCCAAAAAGGCUGUCAAAGACAUGAAUCUACUUUCGGGGCCUGUGGGAUCUGGAGUAUGCGCCGCCCAAAAUACUUCAGCGGAUCUCGAGGAUGUAUAUAAUUUCCAGGACACAUAUCUUCAACCCCUCAGGAUAUUCGACAAUGUUAUCGGGAAGCUCACAGGUGUACAUCCAUAUGCAAAGAUUGCACUGGGCGUCUUGUCUUGUGCAUCAAAA